ACCAGUACACGACGUGGCCUAUAAUGGUGAUGCCAUAUACUAAAAUGUGUUCUUAAUUUAAAAAAAUAUCGCCUUCCACAUUUAAAUUUUGUUCCUUUCAUUCAAAUAUUAUGGAUAUUUUUAGGUUGUACUGCAUAGUAUUUUUCAUAUACACGUCAUGUCUGCAGACGGCAAGUGCAAUAGACAAUACAUCUGUGUCACCACUCGCGUCCUCAUGUUCCUCGAUCGGUGGUGUUGAUGUGGAUUUUCAAACUGUGGACUUAAUAGCAGUUUAUCGACUGGACAGAUCAGAUACGACCGGCGUCACUCUCGUCCAAGGUUCCCAAGAUCUGCAGAGAGCGUACAGAAUAGGGGAUGGAGCGAACCUUACAUUGCCUUUGCGGCACGUCUUUCCUAAUGGUCUACCAGAAUACUUUAGCGUUAUAGGGACAUUCAAUGCUCAUAAUCACCGACGGCCUUGGAGCUUGAUCCGCGCUAGAUCUCAAACACUUCAGUUCUCCCUGACAUUACUUCCGAAUCUAAGGAAGUUUGCCGUUUUCGUACCGCAUUCUAGAGUUCUCUUUUCAUCCCCAGAGCUUUUCAGACCAGGGUGGCAUAAAAUACAUGUAGCCAUAACCAAUGAUACCGUUUACGCUGCUGUAGACUGUAUUGAGUUGGAACCAGAGAGUAUAAGUCCACACGACUUCAGUAACGCGACUUAUAUCACCAUCGUCAGCAACGAUGAUGGGACUCCAGCUCCGAUUGAUCUCCAAUGGUUAUCAUUGAGCUGCAACCGUUACAACCUGACUGAGGAAAGCUGUGAAGAAAUUGAAAUACCCGAAUUUUUGAUAGCAACUUUACCUCCUUUUCCAAUCGGGCCGCCGAAUGUUGACUCAUAUCUGGAACCAACUUGUAACCAAACAUGUCCGCCGGGUCCCGAAGGCCCCCCGGGGGCAAAAGGGGAACAAGGUAUUAGAGGUUAUACGGGAUUGCCGGGAGUACGUGGUUUGCAAGGGCCUCCUGGACCAGAUGGGUCUCCAGGCCCUAAGGGAGAGAAAGGAGAACGGGGACCAGCGGGAAAUGCUGAUAACGUGACAGUUGUUCCUGGACCUCCAGGAAUUGAAGGUCAACGUGGGCCAAAAGGUGAUAAAGGGGCUCCAGGUCUUAAAGGAGAUCCAGGGGAGACAGGGCUGGUUGGCUUGGCUGGACUCCCUGGAAUAGACGGAAGAGACGGUUCGCCGGGUCCCCCCGGUCCUAUGGGGCUUCGUGGAGAACCAGGCCCUGUAGGCCCUCCCGGACCAGUAACUAACAUAAAUGUUCCAUUAACGCAUGGUCAAAAGGGUGAGAGAGGUGUUCCUGGUAAGCCAGGGCGCGAUGGAGAUCCUGGUCCGAUUGGACCACCAGGGCUGGCUGGUGCUGCUGGUAUACCAGGUGUUCAAGGGCCACCAGGUGUACCUGGUAUUCCAGGAGGCAGAGGGUUACCAGGCCUACAGGGAUCUCCUGGCGAAAGAGGUCCAGAAGGACAGCAAGGUCCUGAAGGACAGAGAGGAUUACCUGGAUUACCCGGCCCAUCUGGAAUAAGCACAGCAUCACCUUCUGUUAGUUUACUUGGACCACCUGGACCUCAAGGGGACAAGGGUCAGAAAGGAGAUAGCGGUCUUCCAGGAUUUCCGGGGCGAGAUGGAAUAGACGGAGUUCCAGGCGUCCCAGGACAGAGGGGUCUACCAGGGUUGCCAGCACCCAGUAGUAUAAUUGCUCAGCACCCGUCUAUAUCAGAGAACGAGGUGAGAAAUAUCUGCGAAGACCUGAUCAGAGAACGAUUCAAAGAGCUGGCAGCAUCUUUCGUACAACCAAAUAUAGCCCCAAGUGUGGGUAAAAGAGGACCGCCAGGAAGACCAGGGCCUCCUGGUAACCCAGGAACGCCUGGCGAUUCCGGUCCAAUGGGGCCACGUGGUUAUCCCGGAGAGACGGGAGAGCCUGGAAGACCCGGUGGUCAAGGCCUAAGUGGAGACAAGGGCGAUAAAGGAGAGAGGGGUGCAGAUGGGAUUGGCAUACCAGGACCUGAAGGCCCAGGUGGAUUACCAGGACCGAUGGGACCACCGGGACCGGAAGGGAGAUCUGGUCAACGUGGUGAUCCAGGGAGAGAAGGAGCAAGAGGUCCAAGAGGAGUACCAGGUCCGAGAGGGAGCUGUGAGUGUCCCAAUGUCGGGUACUACGCCUAUUCGCCUCUUGGAAAUAAUAAGGGACCAUAAAAUUGUGUUCAUAUCUUAAUCUUAGUUAGUUUUAUGUUUUUGCUCCAGUCAUUUCGUUUUUUCAAUGUUUUAGUUACCUUGCUUUAUAUAUUUGUAGAUAAAUGUACUUAAGUUACUUA